CAGGAAGCUUUGGUCUUCGUCCACGAGGCUGCACCGUUGGAUUAAUGAAACCUUUGACCUGCUGUUACACAGAAAACUACUUCCAUACAUUCCUGUGUGGAUGCAGAGAACACUUCGCCGUCCAGAUCAUUGGAGUUGUCCUGACAUUAGUGAGGACACAUGGCUUGUACAACACAGUCUGCUUUAAAUUACGUCAUCACAGCCAGACGCCAUCUUGUCAGAGAAUUGAAGAAUCUGUCAGUGAUUGUGGAGAACUUGUAUCAGCGAGGAGUUUUCAGUGAUGAAGAGGUCAGUAAAAUAAAGGCAGAGGGAGAUGACUACGAUAAAAGCAGAAAAAUACUGGACUCAGUCACAAAAAAAGGGGAAGAUGCCUGCUAUGAGUUCCUCAGGAUUAUUGACAUCACGAGAAAGAGGGCCCUGGACAGGCCACCCCUUCUCCCUGAGAAGAGGAGCGUAGCUUCUAAUGAGGCCAACAGGUUUGACCUGCACCACUGGAUCAGCUGCUUUUCUUUCAAGGAAGACGCACAAAUGGACUUAAACUACUUCCUAGGCCCGAGGCCAUGCCACAGAUAUCAGGCGAAGCUGAAGUCAAAAGCACAAAAAAUGUCAGAUACCUUUUGGAAUGAAAGCAAACGUGUGUUUGAAGAAAACAGAAAACCUGAUGUGUCAUACGCUUCACUGGUAUUAGACACACAAGGAAGUAUUUCUCCCUCAAAAAUAAAAACAUUUAAGAGCAAGAAAAGCAAGAUGAGUCGCUCGAAAAAGAUGAAGACGUACGUCCCUGAGGACAGACCAGAAAUGUCCCCCAGUGAUCUGCUGAAAACCGACAGAGACAUGCUCUUGGUUGGUGAGCCUGGAAUCGGAAAGACAGCACUCAUUCAUGAAGUGUUGAGACUCUGGGCAGAAACACACAACAAUGAGCUAGAUUACAUGUUUUACUUUGACGUGAGAGAAAAAUCACACAUCACCACGGUCAGGAGCUGGGAGGAUCUCCUUUUCAGUGAGUUCAGUGAACCAGAUGAUGGCAAAGAAGAGGUCUUACGGGAUAUAAAGGACUACUCUGACAAUGUUACAAUCAUUUUUGAUGGCAUCACAGAUCUCUCUUCUUCAGUGGUGCAGAAACUUGUAAAGGAGUCGUUACCUAAUGCCAAGGUCAUCUUGACUUGCAGACCAGAUGAUGAAGAUGAAGACUUCUUCUCUGGGGACUUUCUCAGAGUGGAGGUGAAAGGCUUUAGUGGGCAGACCAUAAAAACAUACUUCUCUGUGAUGCUUGGUGAAGAACGCGAAAAGGUUUUGAGCAACUUGGAGUUAUUAACUCUUUGCCACGUCCCGAUGUAUGCACUGAUGGUGGCGGCCUGCUUUUCAUCUGAGGCCACAGAAGGCUCUCCACAGCCGCGCAGUAUAACAGAAAUAUACAUCAAUAUUGUUCGUGAAUGCCUUCGGAACAGCAACAAAAUCAAAAUCAGACAUCUGAAUUCCUUCAUCAGCAACAAGAGACAGGAAAUUCUGUCUUUGGCUGAGGCUGCUUUCCAUGCAACUGAAAGAAAAACUGUGAACUUGACAGGACUGGCCUCUGAAGACAGCUGUGUCCUUUGCUUCCUGAAACCACUUCUUAUCAAAGCCGCCCCCACUGAGGCCAUCACCAUGUAUGCAUUUCUCCAUUACACCAUGCAGGAGUUCUUUGCAGCACUGUGGCUUUUGAAGAAUCCAGAUCGAAUCAAGAACGUUCUUCAGCAGGAGAUGAAACACAUGAAACAUCUGAUCCCUUUCAUGUGUCGAUUGUUGACUGAUAAAACCCCGAGUUUAAUGAAGUGUCUGAUUCCAGCUCAGGAGCUCGAGGGCACAUCCAAGUGGUUCCUCGAGGAAAUGAUAAACACGUUUUUCUGUUGGUCGAAGAGAGAUCAGGCCGAUGCUGAGGACAGCGGCCUUGAUGUGGACAUCCUCUUCUUAUGCCAGUGCUUGUAUGAGUCCCAGCGUCCUGAAGCAUGCGUCUACUUUCUGAACAAACUGAACCACAGUGUUGAUCUCAGUGGACAGAGUCUCGAGUCUUACCCUUGCUGUGCUGUGGCCUACGUGAUCGCUCAGUCCAAGGGGAGAAUAUUGCUGAACCUUGCGGACGUCACAGUAUCAGAGCAAGGAAUGAGACAACUAUUUGGAUGCCUUCAAAACGUUGAAUGGCGUGACCCUCUGCCACAACAACUGUGGGAGAUUUUCCUUCUCAGUGAAGGACAGAUGGACUACGCCAGUUUACUCGGCCUUGAUGGAAAUCAGCUGCACCUUCCAGUUGAUGGUAAACGACGACUGUUUGAAAGAGCAGGAAAGGUCAUACAGAAGAUCACAACGCAGGUUAAUGUCUUCCUCCACCUGAAAGAGUGUACUCAUGUCAGCCAAAGUCUGUGCGCGUUCCUCUCUGAGGCUUUGCCGCACAUCAGCAGACUCAGGUUCUCUCCCCGGUCUGGAGUCUCUGGUCACAUCACGUUCUUGGUGAAUCUGUUCUGUGCAGCAGCAGAGAGAGAACAGCAGAGAGGAGAGAAGAUGCUGGAGCUGUUAUCAUCAGUGUGCAGCUAUGAAACAAUCCCCCUUCAUCACCUGUAUCCUCAUCAGACACUUCAUUGUGAUUUCCUGCUGGAUCUGUUCUCCCGCGUGAAGGACUGUGAGACUGAAACAGGCUUGAGUCUCCUUCCAUCAUUACAGCCAGUUUUCCAGGCAGCUCCUGCAGGCUGGGUCAUAGACCUCUCACGGAGAAAGACCUCCACCCUCCUGGAAGUGCUGAAACUCCAAUCAGAGAAGAAACAGGUGGAGCUGACAGGCUGCUCAGAUGAAGAGAGUGAAGUGAGCAGUUUUCUGGACUGUCUGCCUCAUAUCUCACAGCUCAGGGUCGGUUUCCAGUCUGGACUCUCUGAUGGAGUCGAUUUCUUGGUGAAUCUGUUCUGUGCAGCAGCAGAGAGAGAACAGCAGAGAGGAGAGAAGAUGCUGGAGCUGUUAUCAUCAGUGUGCAGCUCCGAAACAAUCCCCCUUCAUCACCUGUAUCCUCAUCAGACACUUCAUUGUGAUUUCCUGCUGGAUCUGUUCUCCCGCGUGAAGGACUGUGAGACUGAAACAGGCUUGAGUCUCCUUCCAUCAUUACAGCCAGUUUUCCAGGCAGCUCCUGCAGGCUGGGUCAUAGACCUCUCACGGAGAAAGACCUCCACCCUCCUGGAAGUGCUGAAACUCCAAUCAGAGAAGAAACGGGUGAAGCUGACAGGCUGCUCAGAUGAAGAGAGUGAAGUGAGCAGUUUUCUGGACUGUCUGCCUCAUAUCUCACAGCUCAGGUUCUCUCCCCGGUCUGGAAACUCUGGUCGCAUCAAGUUCUUGGUGAAUCUGUUCUGUGCAGCAGCAGAGAGAGAACAGCAGAGAGGAGAGAAGAUGCUGGAGCUGUUAUCAUCAGUGUGGAGCUAUAAAACAAUCCCCUUUGAUUACCUGUAUCCUCAUCAGACACUUCAUUGUGAAUUCCUGCUGGAUCUGUUCUCCCGCGUGAAGGACCGUGAGACUGAAACAGGCUUGAGUCUCCUUCCAUCAUUACAGCCAGUUUUCCAGGCAGCUCCUGCAGGCUGGGUCAUAAACCUCUCAUGGAGAGAGACCUCCACCCUCCUGGAAGUGCUGAAACUCCAAUCAGAGAAGAAACCGGUGAAGCUGACAGGCGGCUCAGAUGAAGAGAGUGAAGUGAGCAGUUUUCUGGACUGUCUGCCUCAUAUCUCACAGCUCAGGUUCUCUCCCCGGUCUGGAGUCUCUGGUCACAUCACGUUCUUGGUGAAUCUGUUCUGUGCUGCAGCAGAGAGAGAACAGCUGACAGGAGAGAAGAUGCUGGAGCUGUUAUCAUCAGUGUGGAGCUAUGAAACAUUCCCCUUUGAUGACCUGGAUGAUGAAGAUGAUGAACUUCUGUGUUAUUUCCUGCUGGAUCUGUUCUCCCGCGUGAAGGACUGUGAGACUGAAACAGGCUUGAGUCUCCUUCCAUCAUUACAGCCAGUUUUCCAGGCAGCUCCUGCAGUCUGGGUCAUAAACCUCUCACGGAGAGAGACCUCCACCCUCCUGGAAGUGCUGAAACUCCAAUCAGAGAAGAAACCGGUGGAGCUGACAGGCUGCUCAGAUGAAGAGAGUGAAGUGAGCAGUUUUCUGGACUGUCUGCCUCAUAUCUCACAGCUCAGGGUCGGUUUCUGGUCUGGACUCUCUGAUGACGUGAAGUUCUUGGUGAAUCUGUUCUGUGCAGCAGCAGAGAGAGAACAGCAGAGAGGAGAGAAGAUGCUGGAGCUGUUAUCAUCAGUGUGCAGCUAUGAAACAUUCCCCUUUGAUGACCUGGAUGAUGAUGAUGAUGUGCAACUUCAGUGUGAUUUCCUGCUGGAUCUGUUCUCCCGCGUGAAGGACCGUGAGACUGAAACAGGCUUGAGUCUCCUUCCAUCAUUACAGCCAGUUUUCCAGGCAGCUCCUGCAGUCUGGGUCAUAAACCUCUCAUGGAGAGAGACCUCCACCCUCCUGGAAGUGCUGAAACUCCAAUCAGAGAAGAAACCGGUGAAGCUGACAGGCGGCUCAGAUGAAGAGAGUGAAGUGAGCAGUUUUCUGGACUGUCUGCCUCAUAUCUCACAGCUCAGGUUCUCUCCCCGGUCUAGAGUCUCUGAUGGAGUCGAUUUCUUGGUGAAUCUGUUCUGUGCAGCAGCAGAGAGAGAACAGCUGACAGGAGAGAAGAUGCUGGAGCUGUUAUCAUCAGUGUGCAGCCAUAAAACAUUCCCCUUUGAUUACCUGGAUGAUGAUGAUGAACUUCAGUGUGAUUUCCUGCUGGAUCUGUUCUCCCGCGUGAAGGACUGUGAGACUGAAACAGGCUUGAGUCUCCUUCCAUCAUUACAGCCAGUUUUCCAGGAAGUUCCUGCAGGCUGGGUCAUAAACCUCUCAGAGAGAAAGACCUCCACCCUCCUGGAAGUGCUGAAACUCCAAUCAGAGAAGAAACAGGUGGAGCUGACAGGCUGCUCAGAUGAAGAGAGUGAAGUGAGCAGUUUUCUGGACUGUCUGCCUCAUAUCUCACAGCUCAGAGGGGCCUGUGGAGCUUUGGCCCUGAUCCUGAACUGCUCUGAAGGGCUGAAAGAGCUGGACCUGAGUCACUGUGAGCUCCCUGACCAGCUGCUGUUCACUCUCAUCCCACAUCUGCCCAAAGUCCAAGACCUGGAUCUGAGCCACAACAAGAUCACCGAUGCUUCCACCAGCGUGUUGCUCCAGCUGGUCGCCACCAACCCCUCCAUUAAGGCUGUGCGACUCUUCGGGAACGACAUUGUGGACAGAACACCCUUUCAGACUAACAAGUGGUUUGAAAUAUGGUGA